AAUUUGUGGGUUGUACAUUAGAGGCUGGUGAGUUCAGCAGCGGGAACACAGCUGGAGACUAUGCUCCCCCACUCCCGCUAUUUCCAGAGUCUGCAAGGGAAGUGAUGGCAGCAAUGGUCUUUCCCAGCUGUGAGCUUCAUGCAGACCAUUUUAAAUUUUUUUAUAUGGAUGGGUGUUUGCCUACAUGCAUCUGUGUGCUUGGAACCCACAGAUGCCUUGGAACUGGAGUUAGAGAUGGUUGUGAGCCACCACGUGGUUGCUGGCAAUCCAUCCUGGGUCCUGAGAAAGAGCAGCCAGUGAUUUUAAGUACUUGGUCCAUCACCCCAGGGCAAUUUUGACAAUGUUUUUAAUGAGUUUGUUAAGUGUUUCAAUAGAAGUUUUGAGCUUUUAAAACUCUGUAACAAUGAUUCUAGGAAGAAACACUGUACAUACACCACACCCACUCAGGACUGAACUGUGAGUGGCCAUAACUGGGUCCUUCCUCCAGGUGGAAGGCAGAGAAAAGUUCUUCUUGGCCAAUAUCAUCAGUCCAAAGUGAUGCUCAGGGAGAUCUAGUACAUCGAGAUCUCCCUGACAUGUUUUCUCAACCUCCUCCCCACAGCCUGUUUUUGUACCAUCCCACGUUAAUGGCAGGAUACAUGGUCCCUCCAUCUUAACCUUUCUACUCUAUAAAAUGACCACAACUCAUGUGAUGAGUAAGACAAAAGGAGAAGGAGAGGGGACAGGAAAUGUUUGUGGCUGGUGAAGGGAGGAUGCGUUUUAGGGCACAGACAUAUUUAGCAUCAACUGUCUUACUCUCAUAAGAGGGGUUCUGGGAAAUGGGCUGACAACAACUACUGAGUCUACAAAUUCUCAAAAAAAACUGCAAUGAAAAAAAUCACCCUCUGGCCCCUUUGCUGCAAACCUUCAAAUGAGGUAAACCGAAGACUUGUGUACGUAUGAGAAGGGAAUCCAGAGAAGAAAAAUGUCAGUUUCGUAUCUGGACAUUCCUGCUCCCAGUGUCCCAACUGCAGAAGGCAACACAUUCGUGGGACCCUUCAGGGCACAGUGCAGCACAUGGAAAGGGACUCAAGCUACAAUGGCAGACCAGUACCAUGGUGUGGGGUCCACAACCAGAAAGUCAAAGACCAGCUAUGAGCUUGGAAGCAAAGACCAGGGAAAUUCUCAACUGAGAAUUGUCUUACUGGGAAAAACUGGAGCAGGAAAGAGUGCCACAGGGAACAGCAUCCUUGGAGAGAAAGUCUUUCAUUCUGGCAUUUGUGCCAAAUCUAUUACCAAGGUCUGCGAGAAAAGAGUGAGUACUUGGGGUGGGAGAGAGCUCGUUGUCGUGGACACGCCCGGUGUUUUUGACACUGAGGUAUCAGAUGUUGACACAAGAAAAGAGAUUGCUCGCUGUGUUGCCCUGACCUCCCCAGGGCCUCAUGCUCUGCUCCUGGUGGUCCCAUUGGGGCGCUACAGUGUGGAAGAUCAUAAGGCUACACAGAAGAUUCUGAGCAUGUUUGGAAAGAAGGCUAGAAGAUUCAUGAUUCUCUUGCUCACCAGGAAGGAUGACUUGGAAGAUGCUGAUAUCCAUGAAUACUUAGAGAAUGCUCCAGGCAUUCAGGAGCUGGUCGGUAAGUUUGAGGAUCGCUACUGUUUGUUCAACAACAAAGCAUCGGGAGUGGAGCAGGAGGACCAGAGGACACAGCUGUUGGCCUUGGUCCAGAGCAUGGUGAUGGAAAAUGGUGAAAAAUGCUUUACCAACAAGAUGUACAGAAGUGCCGAGGAAGAAAUUCAGAAACAAACCCAGGAGAAGCAAGAAUGGUACAGAGAGCAGUUGGAGAGAGAUCGCGCACGGAUAAGAGAGGAGUAUGAAGAACAGAUUAGAGACCUGAAAGAUCAGCUGGAGAGGGAAAAGAGAAAGGCACAAAUGGAGAAUGAAUUCUACAGAACAGAAGCUUUCUAUGCAGAGAGACAGCAAAAUGCCAGGAGGGAAGUUGAGAACCAAAACACAAUACUUGAAGUAAUCCUAAAAGUAUGGGAGGUUGCUCGCUUUAUCAUCAAUCACUUUAUGCAAGACUAAUAGACCUAGUCAGUAAGACUAGACCUCAUCUCCAUUUUCUGCAUCUUUUUCCUGAUAACUCUGCCCUACAGGACUCACUCCUCAAUAUUCAAAUGCUCUAGUUUCUGUCUUCCAGAACUAAAGAAUGAAGUAAAGGUCACUUUUGGCAGUUGGUAGAUGUUCAAUUGACUUAACAAAAACUGACCAAUUCUGAAUUUGUGGAACUACAAAGAAGAAUGUAUUAAUGCUUGCCACCCUUGUGCUCUUCCUCAGAGAACCCCCCCCAGGAGCCUCUAGAAGAUGACUGUAAGAUGUGCCCACUUGUCCUCUUCUGAAUUCUUGACAAUAAUCUUCACCUGCGACUUCUAUACAAUGCUGCCCAUUUUUUGGACAACAGUCUUCUGUGUUUUAUUAGGAAGUUCAAUUCUUUGCAAGAGGCAAUCUUUGGGCAGGAGUAGAUGACUGUACAGUUCUCAAUUAAUUUUGGUUUGUUUAAUUACAUGUUCAUGAAUGGCCUCAAAUUGUUCCCUGUCUGCCCUUUGAAGCAAAGCAGAUCUCAUAAGUCAACUAAUCCAGGAUGAGCACUAAUUAGUAUUUUAAUAGACAGUACUACAGUGUUUAGUUAUGUUUAGGUGUACCUCUAGAAGCUCUCUGUCAACCUUUUAACCAGUUUGAUAAAGUCUGUUCUCUUCUUGAGAAAUUAUCUGGCUGCUCCAACCCCACCCUGCACCCCAAUACAUCCAGCUUGUACCGCUUCUGCCCCAUCCAGCUAAUUUGCUUAUUAUUGUUAUAAUAAACUUUUCUGUUGCCUCA